ACGGAAUGAAAUUGCGGCGGCUGGCGGCGGCAUAUGUCACCCGACGAUGAUGUCCCUGCCUUCUAAUUAACGAUGAUAUGAUGAUGAGCAGCAGGUACGACGAGGAAGAUCAGUUGGAGGAGGCAGCCCUGAUCGUCGCUUCUUCAUCCGCUUUGCUUUCUUUCCUUCUCUCCACUCUCUUGAUCUUCCAGCAUCUCAGAUCUUACACCAAUCCCGCUGAACAGAAAUGGAUUGUUGCUGUCAUCUCCAUGGUUCCUGUCUAUGCCACUGAGUCAAUUUUGUCUUUGUGGAACCCAAACCUGUCUCUUGCGUGUGACAUUCUAAGAAAUCUAUACGAAGCUUUCGCUCUCUACUCUUUCGGCAGUUACUUGAUCGCCUGCCUUGGGGGCGAAAGGAGAGUUGUGGAACUACUAGAAGACGAAUCGAGAAAAGGGACCAGCCAGCAGCCAUUACUGAGCAGGGAAGAGAAACAGCCUAAGACGAAGGAGAGAACGUUCUCCAACUUCUUCCUUCGCCCGUGCGUUCUUGGGGAGCGUCUUCUCACAAUAGAGAAGUUUGGUCUUGUGCAGUAUAUGAUAUUGAAGACUUUAUGUGCAUUCUUAACGCUGGUUCUGGAACUGUUAGGCGUGUAUGGCGAUGGCGAGUUUAAGUGGUACUAUGGGUACCCUUAUAUUGCAGUGGUUCUCAACUUCAGCCAGAUGUGGGCUUUGUAUUGUCUGGUGCAAUUCUAUAACGUGACUCAUCUCAGGCUUAAGGAUAUUAAACCCCUUGCGAAGUUUAUUAGCUUUAAGGCAAUCGUCUUUGCUACGUGGUGGCAAGGCUUUGGCAUUUCCUUGGCUUGCUAUUGGGGUGUCCUAUCCAAGGAAGGGAAGUUUCAGACGGGAUUGCAGGACUUCUUAAUCUGCAUAGAGAUGGCAAUUGCUGCUAUAGCUCACAUCUUUGUAUUCUCUGCAAAGCCUUAUCGUCAUACCUUGACAGUAGUACCGCCUGUGUAUGGAAAGAUCACCACUCAAAAAACAGAAACAUCCAUAAAUGUAGAAGACGACGAGGAAUUGCCAGCUGUUGUGGAGAAGACAGAGGCCGAGCUGAAGGCUCCAGGAACCAGUGUGAAAGAAAGUGUUCAAGACAUUGUUGUGGGAGGUGGCCAGCAAGUCGUUGAGGAUGUGGUGUUGACAAUCAACCAGGCAAUUGAACCUGUGGAGAAGGGCGUGACGAAGAUCCAAGAAUCUUUCCAUCAAAUAUCAGUUUCUUCUAUGUCGGAUGGAAAGAAAGAGCCGGAAGUGAAGCUCAAGGAAACAGGAAAGCUCCUAACAAGAGAUGACGAGAGAAGAGUUUGAAAAAAAUACUCUGUAAUAGU